CUGGAGCUGAGCAGGAUGCCGGGCCGCACGGUGGGGAGCUGGGCUCCCCUGGGGCUGCUCCUGGUCUGCCUGCAUCUCCCAGGCCUCUUUGCCCGGAGCAUCAGUGCAGCAGAGGAGAAAGUGGCCUCCUCCCCGUGGGCCAGCCUGCCCGCACCGGGCCAGCCUCCCCUAGCCAGCCCCUCCGGGGCCGGCCUUGCCCAGCCCCACGCAGACCCAGAGGCCCAGGACGUCUCAGGGCUUCCUUCCAAGUCCCAGGCCGCAGGGCGCUCAGGGAGGCAGGUGUGGCCCCUGUCCUGGGGCCUGCCCCCCUCCGAGUCCUGGCCCCUUGAGUUCCCCUGGCAGAUGGUGGCCCCUGCAGCUGAGGACCUUCGGGGGCAGGCGCUGCCCGAGGCGCUGGCCUACCUGUCCAAUGCCGGUGCGCUCCCUCCGGUCAGUGGGUCCUGGCCAGCCGAGUUCUCCACCAAAGCUGCGCAACCCUCGCCUGAAGCCCUGCCGGCCCACCUGGACUCUGCGGCACAACGGCUGUCCCUUGCCUCUCCACUGGGAGUCCCAGGCAACCUUGCCCAGCGCCCGUUCUGGUCUCUCAUCUACAGACUGCUGCCGCACCUGCCCUGGGGGGCCCUGAAUCCCAAUGUGCCUUGGGGAGGGGGGCUUCUGGGGACAGGAUGGGGAACGAGGCCCAUGCCCUACCCUUCUGGAGUCUGGGGUAUCAACAGUCAGUUCCCAGGAGGCAACUGGGGGAGUAUUAGCCGGUAUCCGGGAGGCAGGUGGGGGACUAGCUGGUACCCAGAGGCCAGCAGCUCCCCAGACAAAGCGCCCACCAACCGGUAUCCAGUGAGCAGCUGGGGGAGUAACAGCCGGUAUCCGGGUGCCGGCCGGGGGAACACUGCUCCUGGAGUCGUCCGUCCUCCUGGCCCUUCCUGGUACCUCCCAGCUGGCCUCUCCAAUCCCCCAAAUCCUGGCUUGCAGUAGGGCUGGCACUGAGCACAGGGAGCUCACGGUGGGAAGACAAGAAGGGGUGCUGCCCUGCCCCUCACCCCGUGGGCGACAUCAGGCUUAGCAGGGUGCUUUCCAGCCCCGUGCCCCCCUGGCUCCUGGCUGCCCCAUGCUGGUCCCCAAUAAACAGCAGUUCC